UAAGAUUAGCACCUCGGCCGGUGAGGACAGGGGCAGUGGCCCUCGACACCGGGCCACCCCCCUGUGCAUGGUCCUGGUGGGAAACACAUCCUUCUCACACAACAACAGACAUCUUAUUGCUCAUUCUAACAGAGGAGAGAGAGAAAUUAGGAGCUGGCAGACAGAUUUGAAACAUGCUGCUGAUCAAAGUCAGAUAUCUGGACUCCAGGAAAUUUAUCAGGCUUCAGGAUGGAUUCACUUUUGCUGACUUUGCUAACGAAGUAGGUUUGGCCUACCACCUGAGACAAAUCUACACAUUUAUGAUGACACUGAAACUGAGAUAGACGAGGACAUUUUACAAGAUUUUCUCAACGCGAGACCUGAUACAUCGCUCAUUAUUGUUAGAAGAGAGAAUGAAGAAAUGUUAUCAGAUGCAACAAGCUGCUCUUGGAGUGACAUUUUGUCACUUAGUCAUUCAUCAUGUGAACUUGACCAAAUGCCAGAACGCCCUUACAAGAAACCUAAGACGGACGAUGCAGCAUCUGAGGCAAAAGAGGUUACUUGUUCAUUUAAAUGAAAUGGUUCAUAGUGCCCUAAAGCAGACAAGUGGAGGAGAUGCUGUCCUUGCCGAAUAUGGUUCCAAAAAUACGCUUUCAAGUGAAAUGAGACGAGUCCUAGUCAACAUUGUGGUCGGACAUAUGGUGGAAAGGCAUGGGACGAUUCCUUCAAGGAACCAGAAGGAGAAGUAUGCUCUAGGGGUUGUGACUCUUUUCCCAUCACUUAAAGAUCCGUUUUCAAAAAAAGGCUAUGAACAUUUUUAUGACGCAGACGGUGGAACUGGAUAUAUUGCAUGGCGAUUGAAGACUGUUCAGAGGAACACCAAGAAACGAAAUAAGCCUAGAAUCUCCAAAAGAAGUGAGACUGGUUUGAGUGGACCUUCUUGGAACAGAUGUUCCAGCUCCGAGCAGCAGGAUGAGGAUACUUUAAGAGAGGCAAUUGCCUUUCUUACUCAAUCCACAGAUGAAACACAGAUCAUACCCAAAAUGAGGGAGACUUUUCACUAUAGGCAUAGUCUUGUUCAUGACCCAAACAAGACAACAGACAUUCUGAAGACCUUUCCUACCUUUCUAAACACUAAAGGACUUGUGAAUCAAGACUUCUCACUACUCUUCAGUUCUGAAACAUCGUCCAAGUUGCUUGAAAUGUGGGACACCACUUUUAAGGCAAGAAUCAUCGAAGAAGCCAUAGGCUUGACUUUAAACGCUGUUGUGCGUUCGCUUCUUCUGUCAGCAAAUAACCAGAGAGAAAGCGAACACUGUUCUGACUGGGACAGUGACAUGGCAACAUUGCUUUUGCUGCUCCAUCUACUUCCACCAACACCUGGAAAGAAAGUUUCAAAAAUCAGUGCAUCAGAUGCCAUAAACAGGCUUGUGGUGUAUCAGAAGUCUCGCACCAGCCUUGAACAACAUCUUCAGCAACGAGAAGGAAGACAGCCAUACCUCCUUGCUGUUGGACGAAACCGCAAGCAGAUCGAACACUUCUACAUAGUUCUGGAUAAGAAUCUCAUCCCCUGUCAGUCGGAUACUUCCCUCGGUGCAUUCGAUGAGCUAUUCAAAGCACACUUUGUUUUUAAUUUAACGUACGAUGAGGCACUCCUUCAUUUUUACACUUUCAUUCAGACAACCAUCUACAUGGUCGACGUAGGGAAAACCAAGGAGUCGCCUAGAGUCAAGGAGUUGAGAGCAAAAUUACUGAAUUAGCCAUGGACGGUUUAAACGCAAAUCGUAUUUUGUGACUGAGUAGCAACAGUUUGGAUCUGAAUUACAUUCAAACUCUUGUCUUGUUAGGAACUACCCAUUAUUACAAUUAUUUAUUGGGUUAUUGUGCCACAAGAUGAUCGAAACUGGAAUUUGUUGUAAAUAAUCAACGUUGUCUGUUCUCCAGGGGUUUCUUAUGGAAUGGCUGUGUCUCUUAGACCUCUAAUCAAAGUAUAAAACUGGAAAGAGCCAGAAUAAAAAGAAAGUCGUUAUUUAUUGUUUUGUCUGAAUCGAAAAGUUUUUAUUUGGACUGUCUUCAAAAUCCUGACAAUAUAAAAGUGAUGUGCAGCUUUUGGAAAUUAUUCAUCCAGUGUUAUUGUUUAUAAUACAUAUUUUGUAGAUAAUUUUGUAGAUAUUAGCAUUUUUGAAUAAAUUGCAACUUUUCUUAAUUAUAAAGAAAAUCAUAAAAAAUUUUGCAAGCGUGCAUUUAAAUAAAUAAUUAACAAUACAAUUAUUUUCAUUCAUAUAUUUCUAAAAGCAUAGGACCUUCAUUAAUUUUGUUACCGAAAAACCAUGGUUGUGUUCGAAAUGCCAUUCUGUCAUACUACUCUUACUAUUUCUGCAAUAUCCAGUAUAUAUGCUGUAUAUAGUACGCUAAUUUUCUAAUAUGCAGUAUGCUGUAUGUUUAAUUUGAAUAGUAUGUUAUUUUGUUUGGAUGCAUAAAAUGCCCGUAUGACCUGCUA